GAAAGGGAUAGCUGUCUACGAUAUAUUUCAGAGAGUUUGUCUGUGUAUCUGUUUGUCCCCCAGGUGUGGGACAUGCACCCCUUUCCUGGCUGUGACCUCUGGACCUGCAGCGGCUAUGGACAGACAGUCCACGUAAGAGACAACAUGGGUCCAAUGGGAGUAUUGAGUGAAGAGAACCACACAAGUGAAGUAAAAAUGGAGCUGUACACUAGGCUAUACUUGCCAGGCCUCACCACACCACUCAGUGAACUAGCAUCUGACCCCAAACCAGAACUGAAAGACAGUACCAACCUGGUGGAGGUGCAGAUCAUUCUCAUCAUUGCCUACUGUUUCAUCAUCCUGUUGGGUGUGGUGGGCAACUCCCUUGUGAUCCACGUGGUCGUCAAGUUUAAGAGCAUGCGCACCGUGACUAACUUUUUCAUUGCCAACCUGGCUGUAGCUGAUCUAUUAGUGAACACGCUGUGCCUACCCUUCACUUUAGUUUACACACUGUUGGGAGAAUGGAAACUGGGCCCGGUGCUGUGCCACCUGGUGCCUUAUGCCCAAGGCCUUGCAGUGCAUGUGUCCACUGUCACCCUGACUGUGAUCGCCUUGGACCGUCAUCGCUGCAUUGUCUACCACUUGGAGAGCAAAAUCUCCAAGCGAAUAAGCUUCCUGAUCAUUGGAGUGGCCUGGGCUAUCAGUGCACUACUGGCUAGUCCCUUGGCCAUCUUUCGGGAGUACUCUCUGAUUGAGAUCAUUCCUGAUUUCAAGAUUGUGGUCUGUUCUGAGAAGUGGCCUGGCGAGGGGCAACUCAACUAUGGCACCAUCUACAGUGUCUCUAUGCUCCUGAUCCAAUAUGUUUUCCCUCUAGCGAUCAUCUCGUAUGCCUACACCCGUAUCUGGACCAAACUAAAGAACCAUAUCAGCCCCGGGGCUGGGAAUGACAGUUACCAUCAGCGGCGGCGGAAGACCACCAAGAUGCUGGUAUGUGUAGUUGUGGUGUUUGCUGUAAGCUGGCUUCCUUUUCACACUUUCCAGCUUGUCAGUGACAUUGACAGUAAGGUGUUAGAUCUGAAGGAGUACAAGCUAAUCUACACAGUGUUUCAUGUCAUUGCCAUGUGCUCAACCUUUGCUAACCCCCUUCUCUAUGGCUGGAUGAACAGCAACUACAGGACAGCUUUCCUCGCAGCCUUCCAAUGUGAGCAGCGGCUCGAUUCCAUUCACCCUGAGCUUUCGGGAGCAUUUAAAGCCAAGAAGAACUUGGAAGCAAAAAAGAAUCAUUGCACUGGAGCCCCUACCAGCGUCUAAGUCAGUCGGCUAUACAGGAAGGAAGGAACACACUCUGGCCAGAGAAAGAUCCAUUUUGACAGAUGUACUUUUAAUAUCUAGGUUUUUAAUCGUAAAAGAUGAAAGAAAACCAGCAUGUUAAAAUAUCGGCCCUAUGAUUCCAUAGGGAGUUGAUUACCAUAGCCCAUAUAUAAUUACUGUCUGUAUUGUGUUUGGAAAGAAGUCUGCACCCCAACCUUUUGCUAAGGCAGCAGUAAUGACAAAGGCAAGAAAAGAGUUUGCUGUUCUUGCCCUAAAAGGGAUGAAUACUUUUUCAAGAGCCAACUGGGAGUUGACAGUGUGGACACUAUAUGCUGCAAAUAGAGAGUCCUUCAGCACUCAAAGCAUGCUAAGAGUGAGGCUGGAGAUCAGCAUAGAAGCUCAUACUUCUCUUCCCUUCUGCAACUGCAGUACUAAAUAAGGGUUUCCUUAAGGAGACUAUACCUCACUAUUUUUUGCCUAAUUUAAUAUGAUAAACUUAAACAACAACAAAUGUUCUGGUAGCACUUUAUAGACCAGACCAUUUGUUGUUUUUUGUUUAUUCUGUACAAACUAACUCAGCUACUCCCUGAAGCUUCAUUUAAUAUGAAUAGGGUUGCCACAGAAUAAUUCAUAAAAUCAAAAUACUACUACUAUAAUAGAGCAUUUAGAUCAGGACAGUUAAAGUUUCUACCUAAUUUGUAAUUUGGUUUCUGCUAAAACAAAUGGAGUAAUACAUAAUUCCUUAUGGCAUAGCCACAGUUAUGCUUGGGAGAAAAAUACACAUUUGGGGCUUGAUUCUAUAUUCACAACAUAUUAGACCUUUCAUUCUGCAGUCAAGCGAGCUAAAUAGGCCAACACAUUUAAAAGAGAAUUUGGGGCAGAUAAGGAAUGCGGACUCAGGUCUUUUGUAAGCACUUCUUAAAUGGAGGGAAAUGCUAGUGCUUGAAUUUCUAGGCACUGCUCUGUAUUUAAAGUACCAUUAACUCUAUGGCUACGUCUACAUUGCAGGCUUCUUGCGUAAGAAUAGCUGUU